AUGAUAAGUCUGAAAGGCAUAACAACUCGAGAUAUAGUACCGUCGAAUGCAUGUCGAACUUCAGCAUAUGAAUAUUGUUGUAAAGACAAUUUAUGCAAUGAUCUAUCUUCACCUCCAUUGUCUGCAUUUACUUUUUUGGCAUGCCGUGUUGGCAGUUGUCCAUGGCCGUAUGAUGGUGCUUGUGAUAGUGACUUUCAUGAUGCUUAUCGUAAUAGUGCUGCUGAAUUCUGUGGGAAUCAUAUUGCUGAAAGGCAUAGAGCAAUGAUGGCUGUUCGUUUUUCGACAUCCCUUAGAGAAGAUUCAGGCAUACUUGAAAUUCUUUUACGUUAG